AUGGCCUCGAUAUCUAAGACAUUUCUUGUUAAAUGGAAUGCUACAACGUUUGAAAGGUGCUCAACAAAAGUUAUUGGUAAAAGACGAAUCACUACGUUUACAAUCAGUGAUAAUGGGAAAUUAUUGGGAUAUGGAGCGUCCGAUCAUAGUAUUGGAAUCUGCGAUUCCCAAACGCUGAAGGUUCUUCUUAUAGUGCCUAAUGUGCAUGGAUUCCCACCCACUACUAUCGCGUUCAACCAUGACUCAACUUUAGUUGACUUCAACUUAUUUUAA